AUGGCUGAGUGGCAACAAUAUCUUCAAUCAAUAUUCUUAGGCUUCAUAUUUUCUUUCCUUCUCGCUAAGCUCUUCUCUGUAAUUUUCGCAUUCCGAGAAGAAAAUCUCCGCAUUGUUCGCAGCGAUUCGUUCCAAACCGAACCAAAGGGCUCAAAAAGCGAGGUCAAACCCGUUCUCGAAGAUUCGGAUAUUCGAAAUCAAGCGGAUACCUCUAGGGUUUUUGAAGAGACUGUGCCAUUGGUUGGUGGAAGAGGCGAUCAGAGUUCGGUGAUUGGUGCUGGCGAUGAUUAUGAUGAUAGUGACGAUGAUUGGGAAGGGGUUGAGAGUACUGAACUUGAUGAGGCAUUCAGUGCUGCUACGGCGUUUGUGGCCGCCACCGCCGCUGAUCGGGCAUCGCAGAAAGUGUCUCAAGAUGUGCAAUUACAGCUUUAUGGAUUUUAUAAGAUUGCCACCGAGGGUCCGUGUACUACACCUCAGCCCUCGGCCCUCAAAAUGACCGCACGCGCCAAGUGGCAAGCAUGGCAGAGAUUGGGUGCUAUUCCCCCGGAAGAAGCAAUGCAGAGGUAUAUUGCAAUUGUGACGGAGUUAUAUCCUUCUUGGGCUGCUGGUUCAACUACUAAGAGAAAAGGUGAAGGUAGUAGUGAUGUAGCAAGUGCAGAUACUAAAGGACCUAUGGGACCUGUAUUCAGCACCUUUGUUUAUGAGGAGGAAUCUGGAAAUGAUUUAAAAUUGGAUGCCAUACAUGCCUUUGCAAGGGAAGGAGAUCUGGAGAAUCUGCUUAAAUGUGUGGAAAGCGGUGUUUCAGUGGAUCAAAAAGAUAGUGAGGGUAGGACACCAUUGCAUUGGGCUGUAGAUCGCGGUCAUCUUAACAUCACAGAAUUGCUUGUAAGCCAGAGUGCUGAUGUGAAUGCAAAGGACAAUGAAGGCCAAACACCAUUGCAUUAUGCUACUGUUUGUGAGAGAGAAGCUAUUGCUGAGUUCCUUGUGAAGCAAAAUGCUGACGCAGAUAUAAAGGACAAUGACGGCAACUCUCCUAGUGAUCUUUGUGAGCUGAACUGGCCUUGGAUGCAACAUGUGGCGGCCAGUCUGACCAAUGAUUAA